AUGGCCUCUGCUCAUAACCAUGUUGACGACGAGAUGCACGAACUGACACAAGAGGCAGACUAUCUGGACCAGACUGUCAAGGUCGACCCGACUCCAGUCAACGGCCACAAAGCGAAGAGGGAGACAGGCGACCAUGAUCCCGACGCCCAGGCGCAAGUCAUCGACUCCCUUCGCUCCCAGAUCCAGGACCUGUUCUCUCAGGUCUCGCAGCUGAAUAACAAACUCGUCAAGUCAUACGACCGCGUCUCAGACCUUGAAGAUCAGUUGCAUCUCGCCUCCGACAAUCUGCGCAAUUCUACGCUCAAAGUCUCGCAACUUGAGCUCGAACACGCACAACAUGUCUCUGCGCUGAGCACCGGGCUGCUAGUGGAGAAAUCCCACGUCACUACCGAGCUGACACGUCUCAUGGAGAAGGCGACCGAAGAGGCUGCGAGGGCGGGAGAGGCGGUGAGCGCACGGAACGCCAUUGAGAAGGACCUGGACGAUCUCAGCGCGGGACUCUUCGGCCAAGCGAACAUCAUGGUCGCUGAAGCACGACUGGCUCGAGCUCGCAGCGAACGCAAAGUUGAGGAGACAGAGGAGGCUCUAAGGGGUGCAGAGGAGAUUGUAGGUGUCCUGCAAACUCAGCUGCAAAGUUUGCAGGCGGAGAAGGAGGAAUCUGACAGGAAAGCGGAGGAGAUGCGUGCAUUUGUAGGUAAGGGGAAGUGGGUAGAGCGUCCCCAUGCAUCCGGUCGCGCACCAGGAGUCCGCUUGCUGUGCUUGCAUGCACCAUACGGCGAAUAUCUCCAGCUGAUCGCACACUUACGCUCGCUUCGGCCUUCCACUCCGCACCCUCCUGCCAUGUCAACCCUUCUUCCUCAGCCAUUCUUGGCUAGGCUUGUCGCAGAAGACUCCGACCCAACUGUUCGUCUGGAUCUUGCACCACAGUUAAACUGGCUUACUCGCCGUUCAGUGAUCUCCGCAUUGUAUAGCGGGCAGUUGUCAGUCGAGCCAAUGUCGACUACUACUCUCGUGGAAGAGCUCACACCCUCACUGAUACCCGGAAACCAUCAUACCCACAUCUCUUGCGCCAUGUGUGGCACGACUAUCAUGGAAGCCCCGAGUUCGCCUUCUCGUCCCUCGUUUUCCCCUGUGCGGACCGCUUCUGGAGGCAAGACAACAUGGACUCCUGGACUGUUGAAGACUUCUUUGGUGCAGAGUUUCACCUCUGCAUCCUUUGGACAAAACUACUCGCAACCCACAACGCCUACGAGAUCCGCAUUCGGGCCUCUGGCGCAAGUCUACAUCUUUAGGCUUGAGAAUAUGUCCUCGUCUGGCUUGCCGAUCGGUGGGACCCCUCAGCAGGGGGCGCAAGCUCGCCCUCCGACGAUUUAUCCUCUUUGUGCCUCUGGUUGGUGUCUUACUCGGCUGCGUACUACUUGUUCGCUGUGGGCGUUCAUUCGGAUGAACGUCGUGGAGAAGGUCUGGGAAGAAGAGCCUUACGGCCCAUCGUCUAAGUUGGGCUCUCCACGCCGCGCUUUGACUCCUGAUCUGCACGGUGACAGUGCUGAGAGGCCUCAAGCACAGUCAAGGCCUUCUCGUAUAGGAAUUGGCGCACUCUGGGGCUCUAUGUCUCGAUCAUUAAGUGGGCCUAAGACAAAGUCAGAACCGACGCCGACAGGAAGAGCAGAGAGUCCCCAAAUUAAAGAGGUCCAUGAAGAGUCUGCAAAACCAGGCAUGAAUAAAUCGUCGCCUCCUAUGCCCCCGCGCCGUCUCCCACCUCUACCUCCUCGUAACUUGCCGCCUCCGCCCCCUCGUAACCUGCCUCCGCCGCCCCCUCGUCACCCACCGCCCGAGGAAACGGCACCCAAGCCUUCCGCAGCCCCUGCAGGGCCACCACCUCCGCUUCCCAAGCGCAAUCGCCAGCGUGCAGCAGAGCAGGCUCAGGGUGAAGAAGAUUCGUCAGCACCAGCUGCUAUCGCAGGUGAGCACACGGAGGCACCACUUGCCCCCGCCUCUCUCUCUCCAAAGGAAGGAGAUUCAUUGGCACCAGCUACUUCUAUAGAUGAUGGCAUAGAAGUGCCAAAUGCUUCUCUUUUAUCCCCUCCAGAGGAAAUCGAAGAUUUCACGACUCCGGAGGAAGAGCUCGCAGCGCCACCUAUGGACCGAGCCCCGACGCCUACCUCAGUUCCACUACCCGAAUCCGUGCCAGCAUCGCCAACACAACCUGAGGCACCAGCACUACCUCCGGCCCCGUCGCAAUCUGAGACCACUGCGAGGCCAGAGACGCCGCCUUCGGCGACGUCACAACCCGAGACUGUUGCAAGAUCGGAAACACCGCCUCCGCAGUCAUCCGACGGCAAGCCGCCUGUUCCGCCGAGGGCUUCUGCGCGUAACAGCAUUGGAGCGCCGCCCCCGCUUCCCAGGCGGGCGGCUGCCAGGGCCCGACCCAUGUCCAUUAGCUCUCCUCUUGCGACCGAGGUCACCAAGGACGACGCAGAAACUCCUAAACCGGAGCCGAAGGAGGACGGAGCUGAUGUUCAGGCCCCCACUGCAGAGUCCCUCCAGGAGGCCACGCUGAGCGACGGCGCUCCUGCGGCCGAUCAAGCUCCCACCGACGCUGGUGAACAUGAAUCGGCAGCUGCAGCUACUGAAGAUGACGUGAAGCACGAGUCUGUCUCCGCCAUUCAUGAGCCGCACACCGAUGGCGAGGAUGCAGGAAGCACGAACGAGAAAGCUGGACCUGCUUCGUCGACAGAAAACCUCCCUUCUGCCGGGGAGACCAACUCUCUUGCGCUAAAAGGUCAUCUUGACGUUCCUACACCUCCGGCAGCAAACAGCGAGACCGCGAGCGUGGCGCCGUCCUCCGUCCACCACUUCGAGUCCAAGGAGGGGUCGCUUGAGGAGGUAUCAUUGGUGAAUGUCUCCGAUACUGCACCAGAGGAGACGCGCGUCCUCGACAGUCCGGAUAACGGCUCGGAAACGGUUCAGUCCGAGGUCGAGGAUAUGGGUGACCCAGGCAUUUACGUUGGUAACGCAAGCUGGGAGGAGCGCAUGUGGAAGGAACUUGUCAAGCUAAGGGAGGAGAUGUUCUGGGCACGGAUUGGAGGAGUCCGGUAA